GUACGCGCCUCAGCCGCCUCUGAGAGAACGCGCGCAGCAAGCCAGCGGGCGGUGGCAGCAGCGGCAGCGGCGGGAGACUCGGCGCGGCCACCGGCGACGGCGAGCGGGACGCGGAGCAGUCGAGAAAGCGGAGCUGCGGGAGGACGCUCCAUGUUGGGAAGCGGCGCCGCUCGCCCUCGUUAGCGGGAAUCGGGGCGCCGCGGGGCAGAGCCGCCGGGGGCCGGGCCCUGAGCGAAGAUGGAGGCCCCGCCGCGGCCUGCCGCGGACAUCCUGAGGCGGAACCCGCAGCAGGACUACGAGCUCGUCCAGAGGGUCGGCAGCGGCACCUACGGAGACGUGUACAAGGCCAGAAAUAUACAUACUGGAGAGUUGGCUGCAGUAAAAAUAAUCAAAUUGGAGCCUGGAGAUGAUUUUUCUUUGAUUCAACAAGAAAUAUUUAUGGUUAAAGAAUGUAAACAUUGUAACAUCGUUGCCUACUUUGGGAGCUAUCUCAGUCGUGAAAAACUGUGGAUUUGCAUGGAAUACUGUGGAGGCGGAUCACUUCAAGAUAUUUAUCAUGUUACUGGGCCAUUGUCAGAAUUACAAAUAGCGUAUGUGUGCAGAGAAACCUUACAGGGUCUUGCCUAUUUACACACAAAAGGAAAGAUGCAUAGAGAUAUCAAAGGUGCAAAUAUUCUAUUGACAGACCAUGGUGAUGUAAAAUUAGCUGAUUUUGGUGUGGCUGCAAAAAUAACAGCUACCAUUGCAAAGAGAAAAUCUUUCAUUGGUACCCCUUAUUGGAUGGCCCCAGAAGUUGCAGCAGUGGAGAAGAAUGGCGGCUACAACCAGCUCUGUGAUAUCUGGGCAGUUGGAAUAACUGCAAUUGAACUUGGGGAGCUCCAGCCACCUAUGUUUGAUCUUCAUCCAAUGAGGGCUCUCUUCUUAAUGUCGAAAAGCAAUUUUCAGCCACCAAAGCUAAAGGACAAAUCCAAAUGGUCAUCAACUUUCCAUAAUUUUGUCAAAAUAGCACUAACCAAAAAUCCCAAAAAAAGACCAACUGCUGAAAGACUUCUAACACACACGUUUGUUGGACAGCCAGGUCUGUCUAGGGCACUAGCAGUUGAACUGUUGGACAAAGUAAACAAUCCAGACAACCAUGCACAUUAUACUGAAGGAGAUGAUGAUGACUUUGAGCCCCAUGCUGUCAUUCGUCAUACAAUUAGAUCUACAAACAGGAAUGCCAGAGCUGAACGGACAGCUUCAGAAGUAAAUUUUGAUAAAUUACAAUUUGAGCCUCCUCUGAGAAAAGAAACUGAAGCGCGUGAUGAAAUGGGAGUGUCAUCAGACCCAAACUUUGUAUUACAUUGGAAUCCUUUUGUUGAUGGUGCAAAUACUGGAAAAUCGACCUCAAAACGUGCGAUCCCACCCCCUCUGCCUCCUAAGCCAAGGAUCAGCAGUUACCCUGAAGACAACCUCCCAGAUGACGAAAGAUCAUCAACCAUAAAACGUUGCCCUGAUUCAGACAGCAGAGCUCCCCAUGUGCUCAGAAGACAGAGCAGCCCAAGCUGUGGUCCUGUAGCAGAGUCGUCCUCUAUUGGUAUGGCUGGCAGUGUCAGCAGCCCUGGAGUGCACACAGCUAGAUACUGUGAUCUGGGAAAUGGGGAUGGGAUCUCCAAGCUGAUGAGUGAAAACACGGAAGGAUCAGCACAAGCACCGCAGUUACCGCGGAAGAAGGACAAACGAGACUUCCCUAAACCAGCCAUCAAUGGCCUUCCACCUACCCCAAAAGUGCUGAUGGGAGCGUGUUUUUCAAAAGUUUUUGAUGGCUGCCCUUUGAAAAUUAAUUGUGCAACAUCCUGGAUACAUCCUGAUACAAAAGAUCAAUACAUUAUUUUUGGAACUGAAGAUGGAAUUUACACAUUGAAUCUCAAUGAGCUACAUGAGGCAACUAUGGAACAGUUAUUUCCACGAAAGUGCACCUGGCUCUAUGUCAUCAAUAAUACUUUAAUGUCAUUAUCAGGAAAAACCUUCCAACUCUAUUCUCAUAAUCUUAUAGCUUUGUUUGAACAAGCCAAAAAACCAGGAUUGGCUGCCCAUAUUCAAACUCAUAGAUUUCCAGACCGCAUACUGCCAAGAAAAUUUGCUUUAACAACAAAGAUUCCCGAUACAAAAGGCUGCCACAAGUGUUGCAUAGUCAGAAAUCCUUACACGGGACAUAAAUACCUCUGUGGAGCUUUACAGUCUGGCAUUGUUUUACUCCAGUGGUAUGAGCCUAUGCAGAAGUUCAUGUUAAUCAAGCACUUUGAUUUUCCUUUGCCAAGUCCUUUGAAUGUUUUUGAAAUGCUGGUCAUCCCAGAACAAGAAUAUCCCAUGGUCUGUGUAGCUAUUAGCAAGGGCACUGAAGCAAAUCAGGUAGUUCAGUUUGAGACAAUCAAUUUGAAUUCUACAUCUUCGUGGUUUACAGAGAUUGGCACAGGCAGCCAGCAAUUAGAUUCCAUCCAUGUAACACAGUUGGAGAGAGAUACUGUUCUAGUGUGUUUAGACAAAUUUGUAAAAAUUGUAAACCUACAAGGAAGAUUAAAAUCAAGUAAGAAAUUGGCCUCUGAGCUAAGUUUUGAUUUUCGCAUUGAAUCUGUAGUGUGCCUUCAGGACAGUGUGUUGGCUUUCUGGAAACAUGGGAUGCAGGGCAAAAGCUUCAAAUCAGAUGAGGUUACCCAGGAGAUUUCAGAUGAAACGAGAGUUUUCCGCUUACUUGGAUCUGACAGGGUUGUCGUUUUGGAAAGCAGGCCAACAGAAAAUCCUACUGCACACAGCAAUCUCUACAUCUUAGCUGGACAUGAAAAUAGUUACUAAGCAAUAGGAAUGAAUCUCACAUAACAAGAAAAGAAUAUAAUCCGUUGAAAGCAAAGACAUUCUGAGGAAAUUCAGUGCAAACUUCGGUUUGAUUUGCUUUAACUAUUAUGGGUUAUAUUUCAAGUCAUCUGUAUUUUAGGGUAGAAUUCAGUAUUUUCUGUAGCUGGAAACAGCUAGUCUUAUCUCUUGCCACUGUGUGGUGGUUUUAUCAGUUUGCUUAAUAAAAGCGAUGAGACAAACAGUCCUCAAGUUCCAGGAAACACAGUCUUUUUAAAAAAAAAAUGAUGUUUGUAACAAGGGUGCCAUGGUAUUUUUAGGUAACUCAAGUGAUUAUCUUCAGAGGGAUAAGUUUAGUGACAUUUUAUCAUUUUCUACCACGUCUUACUCCUUCUUAAUGAUCAUAAUUUUAUAAAGAAAUUACCAAACAAGCCUUUCACUUCUGCAUUGGCCAUUCUGUAUGUUUUUGUAAAAUAGAAUAUUUAAUCCUUAUUUAUUAAUCUCUUGCUGGAGUGGUGUAAUGUAUCUAACUUUUAGCAAAGGAAUGUUGCAAAACAGCUUAGGUUGUUUUUUUUAUGAUAUGUAAAAUUCGGUUUACUUUUUAAAGGUAAUACUUCGAGGACUUAAGAUGUGUUUGAGGGUUUGACACAUACAUGCAUUUCCAUUUAACAAAAAAAUUUUGUAAUACAAUUUCAUGCAGAAUAGUCUUAAAAGGAAAUUUUUUUAUUAUUAUUCAACUAGAAAUAGUUGAAUGGCAUCAGAUAGAAAAGAUAGUGAUGAUGAUUGAAAUAUCCUUGGGAGAGAUGUAUAUGUCUAGGUGUGACUACCACAUAUAUGGUUUCUUGACAAGCAGUAUAAUAUACCUGUGAUUUUUUUUUUGCAUUAGGGAUAAUGCAUAAGAAAUUAAUCACCAUAUAUAUUAUCAUCCCUAAUGAAAGGGGGGCAGUAUUUAACUACCUAUGAUAUGUAUUUUACUUAUACUAUGCCAAAGGGGAAACAUAAAGCCAGUACACUUGUAAUCUGGGGGUUUUCACAUAUUUAGGUUUUUGUUUUGAGUAGGUUUAAGGGAAAAAAAUGUUUAAAUAAAAUUGAAUUACUGAUGGGAUAGUAUAAAUAAGUAUUAUAAAAGCCAAUAUUCUAAAAAUAAGGAAGAAUACAGCCAUUUUUGAGUAUUUUUCUUUUGUUGUUACUGUUCAAAAUUAAAAUGUCUGUACCUGUUAAUUGAAUGCAUUUGUUGAGAAAAGCACUGGGAUGGACCGGGGUUAGCAAAAGCAAAUUAAAAGAUUUUUCUGACCAGUUGAGAGGAAAAUAGCAUAACUAUCUCAUUCAAUCUCUAGCAAUUUUGUCAAGUAUUAUCAUCUCCAUUUUUCAGCUGAAGAAAUGAGGGUUUAGCAAGUUGAGAGACUUACCCACUUCACACAGCAAGUCAGUGGUUGAGCCAGACUAGGAGUCUUGUGACUCUGUUAAUUUCACUAUGCAAUAUGCAAACAAUAAACUAUUAUAUCAACAAAA